UAAAAAGUUGAUGGAAGGAUUUCAGCUUGUGCAUUCUAAAGAUGGCCACACGGUGGCAGUGUUGUUACAUAUAAAACAAGUUUGAAUCCGGUUUAUUGUAUAAAUAUAUAAAAUUAAGAAUAUUUCGGCUUAAUAUUGUCAUUUAUAAAAUAUAUAGUCGACAAGUAGCUAAAUUAUUAGUUAAAAUGUGAUUAAAAGAAAAUUGGGGGGGGGACAGAGUUGAGCACAUUACUGUUAAAUUUGAUUAAAUCAAAUUUUUAUUUUAUUUUUUUUUCCUUUUUAUUCCCCACUUUAUUGGUAGAUCUUCAUGUAUGUGUGAAGAGCUUAAUGUUAGACACUUGGAUGCAUCCUGACAGCUGGGGAGGGACCACCCCCUCAUCCCCUGCCUCCCUGCUGGAGGAUGCAGGACGGUCCUGAGCCCUGACUCCCGCCGGCUCCGCGCAGAGCAGCAGCCGCGGUCGCAGCGCAGCCUGUGGGAUCCACUUCUCCUCUCGUGAGCCUCUGGAGCUUCUCGUCUCGGGUCAGCGUGAAGGUCCGCGUUCAGUCGGGAUAAACUCGGCGAUGGCUCGCUUUAAGGGGGAAUUUUCCCGGAUCUUUCGAUGAGGUUUCAUUCCCAGCCCGACCGGAUUCUCUUCCCAGCGUGAUGGAUACUAAUGAGCUGCCAGUAUUUAAACUUUUUCUUGUUGGGGUGUUUGUUAACGCCUGGAUGAUGAGAGGGUUAUCAGCCACAGACACUUUCAGUGUGGAGCCCACCACCCCCUGGAGGAGGAAAAUCUGCAACGAGUCCCGUCUGCAGUGGGAGGUGGAGGUCUGCGGGGACGAAUUCAAGCGAAGCAUGGCCCGCAUAGAUCCGUAUUACUGGUGCAACGUCACGCACUUCAUCAGGGAGUACCACCUCUUCACCCUCUGCACAGAGUCAAAGUCCCAAAACGUCAACUGCUACUGGCCCAAUCCUCUGGUGGAGAGCUACAUCAUCCGCAUACACAAGCACUUUUUCUCUAACUGCACCUGGGAGCAGGUGGUGUGGUUUGACCCGCCGGACGACACCCUUGCCAUCCUCAUCCUCAUUCCGGUUUUCCUCACCUUAGCCAUGAUAGCUCUGGUGGUUUGGUGCAGCAAGAGGAGCGACCUUCUGGCUUAGCUCAGCGAAGAGGACAAGAAAGAGUGAAUCGAGGAUUUGUCAGUAUUUAAGGACAUCUUUCUGCUUGGUCAGAUUAUCCCCAAAGGAUGCAGAUGUUGUAGAAAAAGAGAAGUGAACUUUUUUUUUAGUGAAGUUUUAGUACCGAUAGAUGGCUGUGUCACUUAAUCUCUCAGUGUUCAACAUAAUAUGUCUUUACACACAUCUGAUAUGUUAAGGUAUAAUUUAAUUCUAAAGAAUUAAUUGAAGAAUAACAUCAAAAUCACCUUUCUGAAUUUUGAUCACUUUUCUGUUUAGUUACAAAGAGCCUAAACCCUUUAACACCUGAGAUUUAAUUCUUUGACAACAAAAAACAAACAAAAAAAGGCAUAAUCUUUGAUUUACCGUAACUCUUGGACUGUUAAUCCAAUCAACAUUUAUUGAGUGAUUCUAACACAAAGAAAAGUGGCUUUUCAUACCAGCUUUGCAGCCAUGCAACAUAUUAGUAACAGGAAGUGUUGCAUAACAGCACAAAACAACUUUUUCUCCACAACAGAAUCAGCUGAUUUACAUUGAUUGCAUGAACCUUUCAUUAGAUAAAUACUAGACUAUAUUAGAUGCCUGCAUAUCAGGAACGGAUCAAGGCAUUUUAUUUUUGUGAGUGGAAUAUGACGAACAGAUGGCUACUGGUUCCACGCGCAGCAGGUUUAUUAGCACAGACAGGAGGCAAACACGGCCUUAAAGCUAAAUCAGGGUCAGGCAGACAGUGGUCAGCAUGGGAGUAUCAGAGAUCAGACGUUGAGUAGACCAGGACAGACGUAGAUCGAGGCAGGCGGCAGGCAAACCGUGUCAGAGUAGAAGCAGGGUCAGGUAAACAGAAGAUAGAAACGCUUGGUAAUGCCGGCAGGGGGACACAAACAAUACUUCACACUGAGUGAUUAACAAAUGAGAGUCAGGUGAGUGGUAUCCGGGAACUUUGCGCUGGGGUUGCUGGGAGAUUUAGUGAGUUUAGUAGCCUGCAGACGGCUCUAGGGGGAGACAGAGUUUGGAUUCUUGACAAUGACAAUAUUUUGAGGAAAAGGCCCAAAAGUCAGCAAGAUAUUCACAGAUUCAUUUAUAUAUAUAUAUGAAUAUAUAUUUUUUUAAGCUUUUUAUUGUGUUUUCCAAGUUAUUGGUUUCUUCUUACACCAACAAAGACCUUCAAAGGCGUUUUAAAAGAAAAAAAAUCGGACUUUUCUUCCUCUCUAAUCAGAAAUAUUAUCUUCGAGACGGUUAUGAGACGAAUGUCAAGGGACCAUCUACUAAUGCAAUCUGUGAGAAAAAUGGAUAACAAAAAUCCCUUAAAAAACAACCAAACUAGUAAAUGAUAACAUUAAAAUGAGCUAAUCCUGAGUAAUUUGUGUCAAAUUCAUCAACGGUUUUAAAAGAAAGUCAACAUUCAUUUAUAAGAAUUUACAAUAGAGAAAUGAACUGCAUGCAUUCAAAAAUAUUCAAUUGUUCUGAAAUGCUAAAGCUACACUCACCAAAAUUUAUGACACAAUUGUCUCCUAUUUUUCACCAUUUAAUGGUUAACUAUAUUUUUAGUUGAUACUUGUUCUAUUUUUGCUUGACUAAUCAAGCUGCUUCACAGAAGUGCUCUGUUUACAUGUUAAAUGAUAAAAGAAGGUUAAAUGUGUCACACACGUAUAACUUGGGAUCAGAUCAGGAUGGGAAAAAAAAAUCAGGAUAUUACUACCGUAAAGUGUUUCAUAUCAGCUUUUCUCCGCUUCAGAAUCAGCUAGAUUUAUACUAAUUGCUAAAGCUCCGGUGUUAAAGGGUUAAAAUUAGUUUAAAAAAAGGCUUAUGCUUGGAUUGAAAAGGUGAUUGGGAGCAUAAUUAAACACAUUCAUCUGAAAGUUAUCAAACCCCUCCAGAAUGUGUCACCUCCUAGCUUUUUUUCCCCAUCAUUUCAGUGUAAAUGCUAAGCUAACUAGCUGCAGGCUCCUUGCCGCCUCAUUUGUCUUCUUGGCAGGAAACAGUAAAUAUCUUAAAGUACCGCAAUGCUUUUUUAAGAAACUAAGAAAAAAAAAAAAAAUUUUUUUUAAGAACAGUCAUUCCGGGGGGACUUGACAAGCUGGACAAAACUGUGAUUCAUCCCUUAAACUUCUGGAUCCAGACUUCAGACCUCAGAGAUUCUUGUCAGAGCACUGUAUCCACGCUGAAGGCCGAAGUACGUAUGGAGUCAGAGACUGAACUCUAAAGGCUUUGGGAAAGAGGACCCUUGAAGAAGUUGUAAAACACCCAGAAUGGACGGUUACCGCUGGAAUAUUCACGCCAAAGACGGCACAACAAUUCCAAACUCUUUGUGUCCUCCAAAGGACUGUUUCAGAGGACGUUAACUUAUACUGUUGUUAAUAAACUGUUAAUAGUCACAUGGGAGGUUCUCAACAGAUGCAAUAAUUAUGAACUGACAAUGAGACCUCGUGCUGUACAGUUCUGCUCUGCGUCUGUGCUGUCUGCUGUAUCUGUGUUUGCUCUCCAGUAUUUCUCAACACUUUCAUUCUCAACAAGUUGGAUCACAUCGAUGUAUUUUAUUGCUUCUUUGAAAUGCCCUACAAAACCUAAUCUUUCACUUUCUAUUGAACCAUCACUCCAUCUGCCAACUUGCACCUAUGUAUACUGUUAAUAAAGGUAGUUUUAUUAAUAAAAAAAACAUGUUACCACCA